CCUGUUUCUCAUCAGGUGCGAUCCUGGGCUUCAUGCUGGGUGUCUUCCAGAUCCCGCUGAAGGACUGUGAGGAUCUCUACAGGACGCUGAGCUCAGACGUCUUCAAGCAGAACCUGAUCGUGGGAAUGGUGAAGAUGAGCUGGAGUCACGCUUUCUACGACCGCCAGAUCUGGGAGAAAGUGCUGAAGGAGAAGAUGGGCUCGGACCUGCUGAUCCAGAUGGCUCGCGACCCCGACUGUCCCAAACAGGUGGCGGCUGUGAGCACAGUGGUGAACCACGCUCCUCCGGUGAAGGCCUUCGUCUUCAAGAACUACAGCCUGCUGGUCGGGGUGCGGUCGCAUUACCGCGGCUCCUGCAGACACCGGCUGUGGGAGGCCAUCCGAGCCUCAUCUGCGGCGCCGGGAUACUUCCAGGAGUUCGCUCUGGGAGACGACCUGCACCAGGACGGCGGGAUGCUGAUCAACAACCCCACGGCUCUGGCCAUCCACGAGUGUCAGUGUCUGUGGCCGGACGUCCCGCUGCAGUGCGUGGUGUCUCUGGGGACGGGACGCUUCCAGACGGCCGGCAGGACCAGCGUCUCCUACACCAGCCUGAAGACCAAACUCAGCCACGUCAUCAGCAGCGCCACCGACACCGAGGAAGUGCACACUAUGCUGGACGCUCUGCUCCCGCCGAACACGUACUUCCGCUUUAACCCCUACAUGAGCGAGGACGUGGCUCUGGACGAGAGCCGAGAGGAGAAGCUCUCACAGCUGCAGGCCGAGGGUCUUCAGUAUCUGGAGAGGAACCAGGAGAAACUCCAGCGAGCCGUCAGCGAGCUCACGCGAGACAAGAGCUCCACACAGAGACUGAGCGAGUGGCUGCGGCUCAGAGCGCUCAUGCACCAGGGGUUCUACAAGAUCUAGAGGAAACACGCUCUGGAUCACUGAUGGGACUGUGGAUCUGAGGAGCUUCAUGAGGGACACAGUUAAAGACUCGCGCUCAGGGACUGACUCGGUUCAGAUCAUCAGACCACCGUUUUAUUUUAUUUAUAUUAUUUUUAAUUCAUUUAUAUUAUUUUAU